UUGGCCAGCAUAGUAACAGGACAAGGAUACAUACGGGCGGGUAACGCCCAGCAACCUAAAAGUGGUACCUGUGGUGUCAGUGUGUUUCUGUACUGCAUUCAAGUGCUGUUCUGGAGAAAAACUGGAGUUUCAGGCUUCAGUUCCUUUCUCUCUGGGCCGUUGAAUGGUUUGAUUUGUCAUGGUGACAUAUGAUUUGUUCAUUAAUUUUGGGAAUCAGCAGAGCGUGCUUUGUCCUACCAAGAUGGGUUAUCAGGAUGAGCUGUUUGGUGCAGGUUUCUACCAUGCCCAUAGACUGCUUAAAAAAAAUUUUCAUCCAUGAUUAGCUAGUUUCUGAAACAGCCAACUCUUGUGUUUUUCAAAGCUGGAGGAGAAGGGCUGGAAGCUGUUUGUUGUCACCUCCCUUUAGUCACUGCUGACAGACUUUCCUCCAAGCAGCUCUUAGUCUGCUGCUGGCCCCACAUGAGCUGCUGCCACCCUUAGGCAAAUUGUUUGGCUCAGUUGCAUGAGAAUUCGUCCAUUUUGGUAUCCAGGAGACUUCAUGACAUCUUAGCACCGUAAUCUCUAUUUUAAAAGCAAGAAGAUGCUGUUACAAAACUGUUCCUGCACAUGCUUUAAUGUUGUUCCAGAGAAGAUGUGGGUAACAAAAGUAAAAAGUGUCUAUGCUUGUGCCCUGAAAUCCACAAGCCUCCCACUCAGGUCUCAGUGCCUUGGAAUGCUAACACUGAAGGGAAGGGUGGGGUUUGUUUGCUCUCCUGAUCCACACCGUUGUAUCUCAACAUCAACACACUCUCCUGCAACAGCUACUUCCCUUUUGGGAGCCAGGCAGGUAAUAGGGUCCUGUCGUCCUGGCAGCACUUGAAGAGCUGGCAGUGCUGCCUGAAUCUUAAUGUGGCACUGCACUCUUCAGCCCUGGCGAGGGAUGAGCAGCAGGGUGCAUUGCACUGCUUGGGUGCUGCUUUUUCUACCAAUUUUGUUAUUCUUUUGUUUAAUCUCUUCUGUGAGGGAGCUUUUAAAUAAAUGUAUGACCAGUUUAAAGUUUCCUGGAGAACUGCAUUGUUCCCUUUGCCACACCCCUGAGGCUCUACUUUGCAGGCUCCUCCAGGGAAUGUGUUCAUGGCUCCUCUUUUCUGAAGAGCAAAGAAGAAACCAGCCCUCUCUCUUUCCCCCUGUAACCCUUCCUGCCUGGCAGGCAGCAGUGAUGAUCGCCUUGCUGCAAGUUCUUACGCUUCCAUAUUGGCUUUAAGAGGGUUUGCAUGAUGCUCUGGAGCUGCUGUUGGCUGUCAGACCAUGGCACUGAGCCAGCCAUGUGAAGCUGGCCAAGCUGCCCUGUCUGAGCCAGUGGACCAAUUUCUCUGAUAUCUCCUGGGUUUUUUUGUGUGUGUGGAGUUAUAAAUGCAAGCUUCUUUCCUCUGUGUCCCGUUGUAUGGCUUCAUUUUCACACAGGAAGGAGAUUUUUAUAUCUUAAGUAGUAUUCUACCCUAUCCCGAGAGAUUCUAAUUAUUCCUUUUAAAAAAAUUCGUCAGGCUUAUUUUCUAUACUGACAUUAAAGGGGUGAAAAGUAAAAUGCAGUAGUGAAAUUUAGACUUGCAGUGCACCUAAGCCCUGAAGUAGGGGGAGCAGCUGCUCUUAGUCUGUGCUGCUGUGGCUCUGAGGGCUUUUAAAAAAUGAGUUCUACUCCUCUUUCUGCCUCUGACAAGUUUUGCAGUUACUGGUGUGCUGUCUGUGCCCUAAUUCCUCCAUCUGAAGAAAAUGGAGGAGUGUGGAAAAUACGCUGGGUUCUGUAGGACCUGUGGAAAAACACUCUCAAAACAUCAAAUUCUGUGUCCCAGUGCUCCACUGAGGCAAAGGAAAUAACUGCUACUCUUAACUAGGAGUGAUGUACUUGCCUGGUUUUAAUGACUUCUUGAUACUUUACUUGUGUUGAGCUUGCUCAUACUUCACUCAGCUUGUGCUCCCUCCCUGCUCUCCGUAGCCCUUCCCACUGGCACUGAGUCCUGGAACAAGUUGUUUACAGCACCAAAGGCUAUCUCAAAGACCUUGACUUCAGUGCAAUCCAUCUCAGCUGCCUGUCAGGGCUUAUUGUGAAUGUACAUCCUCCAAUCAAUCCUGGACGGGGAGCCUGUCCUGUGUGCAGGGUUCUCCUCCCUCUCUGUGGCAGGAAGUGCUGAUUAGCUCUUCCUCCUUCUAGGCAGGCUGCAGGCUUCUGCACCCACAGUUGUGCUUCACACACCUCCCAGGCACUGGUGUGUCCUGAGAGGUGGCUCUGACAAAGCCAAGAUCGCUUCAGCAAACACCAAAGCGUUUUUAUUCAUCAGUCCACUACAAACUGCACGAGGCUUUCCAGUCCAGCCAGUGCUUUGGAGAAUUUGAGUUCCUUGUGUGAGCAUGGUAAAGCCCUGCGGAGAUCUCUGGGAGGGACAAGAAGGGUGGUUGCCACCUGCAAAACCAGCAUUCUUUCUUGUGUUAAGAACAGAUAUACACUGGCUUUGUAGCAGGUUUAGAAAAUUCCUCUUGAGUACCAAACUAAAGUCCCUGCCCUCUAUUUUAAUUUUGCCUUUCCUCUUCAUGUCUUUUAAACUGGUGACUUCUUUUAAGAGGUAGUAACUUGAGCCUGAUUCUUUUUGGGGUGUUGGGUUCAUCAAGCUCUGGGGUGCAAUUGUGGAGGCCAGGAACAACAUGUUUGCUGGAGAGUGCAACUCUUACAAAAUGCCCUAAUGGAAUUGUGUGUCUACUAGAGCAUCUCCUUGCAGGGAAGUCUUCUGUUUGGCUUUUUUCCCCUCCCUUUGUCCCCCAGACUAACUUUACAGCUCCCGGAGCUGUGAAUAUCACCCACAUUAACUUGCCUCUGGUCGUUCUUCCCAGAAACAUUUAGAGGCAGCACACUGUCCUAGUCAUCUCUGGGAAUGCUGGGGCAUCUCAUGCUUUAAUCCAUUUUUGAGAACUUGAUAGGGCCUGUAGGUGACACCUUUGAGGCUCCAAUUUGUGAUGCUGCAGUUCAUUCCUCUGUGUUAAUUGUCAGCUGUCAGUCACUUAUGUGUACCUGUCAAAACAUUGUUACAGCAGGCUCACGUAGCAGCUACAAAACAAAAGCAGCUGGGGAUCAGAUGGUUCAUGUACACACCUGUGACACAGAGCAUUCCAUUCAGGCUUGUCAGUUUUAUUUAGCUGGGAUCAUAAGUGUGAAUCAGCCUCUCGAUGAAAGUGGCAAAAUAGAAAUUCUGGUGGCUUGCUGUACUAUUCUGUGUUCAAUUUUAGUUUCUCUUCUGGGAAUUCACAUAAUCACCUCUAGAGGGUUAUCUGCCUUGAUAGCUUUGUGUAGUGGAUCCGUUCUCCUUUCCUGUUGUUGGAAAAACCUUUCUGGUACUGCACAGCUGUCAGCACAAUAGAACUGCAAGAAUUUUUUUUUUUUUUUUUUUUUUUUUUUCCUUAUGGGAGUAAUAACAGUAAUUUAUUUGGAGGUUUUUUGUUGUUCCCUAGAGUUGUUCACCACUGAAAAAAGACUUCUGUGCUGGGGUGGAGCAGAGCAGCAUAUUGCACUUUGCUCCCAGGGACACACCCCAGCAGAGAGAGGCCAUUGAGAAUUUUCUGUAAUGUGCAAUCCCUACAAGACAGACAAGCACCCAACUCCCUGUCUUGUGCAAAUUCAACAUUGUAAAUAAUGGAGCUACUUUUUUCCUGCUGGGAUUUGAAGCUUAGUGUAGUUUCUUAGGCUAGCCUGCUGCAAAAAUGCAAGAUACCAAGGGAAUGGGAAAAUGCCCAUACUUGCCUGAUGGUGUGUGAUUAUUGUAGGCUUAGCUACACUCAUUGCUGAUGGAGAGCUCUUACAGUAAGAGCUGGUGGGGGGGGAGGGAAGAACCCUUUCUGGGUUUGCUGUAGUAGAGAACAGAUUUCGGUGUACCACAUCUAGAGCUUGUGGUUGUCACUUGCAACUCAGUCCAGUUUGGUUUGAACCAGUCAGGAGAGGUUCUCAACUACUUGGUUUUGCAUCAAAAUUAAUUCUGUAAUGCUGGACCUAGUUUGUUUUUUAAAGACAAGAGUUUGUAUGACUGCUGCAGAAAAGUGUCUUUACUUGCCUUGUUUGAUAACGUCGCUGCAGUGGUCAGGUUGUGUGACCAGGAGUGGCAAGGGUCCCUGCGUAGCCUAGGAAGAGCUUGUUUCCCUGUGGGACACCAGUCUUUCAGUUUGACUGAUGUUCCCAUUGUAGCUCUGCUCCAAGCACUCCUCUGCAAUCUGUGCUCGGAAGGAUCAGUCCUGCUCCUUUGACCACUCUUUCCUGCAGUUAAGGCUCCUUAGCCGCUGUUUUCUGCCUGGAGGGAGCCAUGGAGUAUGGCUUGUGGAAGGAGCAGAGAUAACAAGCACCCAUCUGUUCUUCUUUUCCAUCCCUUUGGGAUGUCCGGGUGUCCCUGGUUAGAAUUCUUCUCUGGAUAAGAUAGUGGAGGUGUCACUGUGGGGCAGGUGCCAGAAAACAAUAGCAGGUCAAGUCCAAAAAACAAGAUUGAUCAGUGAGUACGUCCCUGCUGUCAGUAAGGGGCAGAGCUGCUCUGGGAAGGUCAAGGCUGGAGCUGUACCCCACAUCCCUUUGGCCUCUUCCUCUGAUAAACUUCCAGGGGAGCAAUCACACUUGCUCCUCUGGAAGCCUGGAGUCAGAAGCUCCACUGAGAGGAAGGCUGCGGGAGCCACAGCCUGCACCAGAGCUUUCAAGCCUCUGUCCCUGAGUGGUGGCUCUUCCUUGGCUGAGUGGGAUGUUCCAGUACUUGUUUUUCUGUAUCUACUUUGUCAUCCAGCUCCAGCCAGUGUCUUCAAUGGCCCUGGACCCCUGCUCUGCCUACAUCAGCCUGAACGAGCCCUGGCGGAACACGGACCACCAGAUCAACGGCUCGCAUGGGCAGCCCACGUGCGACAGCGGCAUCGACGGGGAGUGGUACCGCUUCACGGGCAUGGCGGGCGACGCCAUGCCCACCUUCUGCAUCCCCGAGAACCACUGUGGCACCCACGCCCCCAUCUGGAUGAACGGCAGCCACCCGCGCCAGGCCGAUGGCAUCGUCCAGCGCCAGGCCUGCGCCAGCUUCAGCGGGAACUGCUGCCUCUGGAACACCACCAUCGAGGUCAAGGCCUGCCCGGGAGGCUACUACGUGUACCACCUCACCAAGCCCAGCGUCUGCUUCCACGCCUACUGUGGGCAUUUUUAUGAUAUCUGUGAUGUGGUGGAUUGCCAGGGCUCCUGCCUGGACACCAGUGACUGCACGUGUUCCCCGGGUACAACCCUGGGACCUGAUGGACAGACAUGCCUUGAUGAAAAUGAGUGUGAGCAGAGCAACGGAGGCUGCAGCGAGUUCUGUGUUAACCUGAAGAAUUCCUUCCGCUGCGAGUGCGGGGUCGGGCGCACGCUGGGAAGUGAUGGGAAAACCUGUGAAGAAAUUGAAGGCUGUCACAAUAACAACGGAGGCUGCAGCCAUACCUGCAUUGAAGUGGAAGACACCUACCAGUGUGAAUGUCCCAGGGGACUCGUUCUGUCAGAAGACAACCAUACUUGCCAAAUUCCAGUGCUGUGCAAGUCCAGCUCUAUUGAGGUGAGCAUCCCAAAGGACCUAGUUGGAGGCCUGGACCUUUCCCUCAUCAACACCUCGUGCAAAGGCGUGUCCAAUGGCACUCAUGUCAACAUCCAUUUCUCCUUGAAGUCCUGUGGUACUGUUGUAGAUGUAAUAAAUGAUAAAAUCAUUGCCACCAACCUGGUGACUGGGCUGCCCAAGCAGACCCCGGGGAGCAAUGGGGACAUCAUUGUCCGCACCAGCAAGCUGCUGAUCCCGGUGACCUGCGAGUUCCCGCGCCGCUACACCAUCUCCGAGGGCUAUGUGCCCAACCUCAAGAACUCUCCCCUGGAAAUCAUGAGCCGCAGCCAGGGCAUCUUUCCCUUCACUCUGGAGAUCUUCAAAGACAAAGACUUCGAUGAGCCCUACAGGGGUGCUCUUCCCACCCUUAAGCUUCGGGACUCUCUGUACUUUGGGAUUGAGCCCUUGGUGCACGUCAGUGGACUGGAGACGCUGGUGGAGAGCUGCUUUGCCACUCCCACCUCAAAAAUUGAUGAGAUCCUGAAGUACUACCUGAUUCAAGAUGGCUGCGUUUCUGAUGAGUCCGUGAAGCAGUACACGUCAAAGGACCAUCUUGCCAAGCAUUUCCAGGUUCCUGUGUUCAAGUUUGUGGGCAAAGACAACAAGGAGGUGUUCCUGCACUGCCGCAUCCUCGUGUGCGGGGCACUGGACGAGACCUCGCGCUGCGCCCAGGGGUGCCGGCGACGCGUGCGCAGGUUGGCAGAGCAGGAGGAGCAGGAGAAGGAAUCUGUUCACGUGGCAAACCACAUCCUGACAGGAGGCCCCAUCAGAAUCGACUUUGAUGACUGACACCCGCCCUCUGGAACAGCAUCCCUGGCCUUCCUUAUCAGUGCCUCUGUUGUGGUGGUUUGAGAAACGGGAGGUAUUGUUGAAGCCCCGCUUGAACCUCAGGACUCAUUUCCUUAGCUCUGUGGUGAUUAUUCCUGAAGUAUUUUGGGCCCACGAGGCAGCCCUUGGAGCGUGACCUGCACUGCAGAACAGUUUGGUUUUAUCUGCAUUUCUCCCCAGCACCCCUUCAGCUGAAGGGACCCUGUUUCCUUGCAGGCUGGAAAUGUUACCCAAUUUUGUCUUUCCCUACGUCCACCUACAGGCCCCAGGACUGUUUGUCCUUGACUAAACAAAUGUUAUCCAAGCCCUUCUUGCAUCAGACAGUACAAAUAGUAUCGUAGCUGAGUGUGUUUGUUGUGCAGCUCUGUGAGUGAUGCCGAAGCCUUUGGGUGACUGUUAAUAAAAACAUGUAUAAAAUAUAUUUCAUCAUGUGUAAGUUCUUUGGAGCAAUGCAGUUAUCAUUACAGGCAACUAGAGUUCACAUCUAUCACAGGCACAUUUAAAUGUGGUUUUAAAUAGCAAAAGGUAUUUAAUGAGAUUUGAUUUUUUUAGUGGCUUUUGAUAAUUGCAUGCAGUUUAAUAGUGUUUCCUCUUGUAUUUAGUGUAUCAUUAUUCUUCCUCUUCUCCCACCACCAAAUAUGUCUUUCCUAAGUGCUAUAGCACCUUGAUUGUAAGAGAAACACCAUUAAACAUCUAUAAACAC